AUGGCAAGAAAAUCCCCGAGCUCUCAUAAAAAGCUUAGAUCCAGACAAGUGCGAACGCGGCCAAAUGCCAAACACAAUGGCUCGAGCACUUCGCCUGGACGACGACGUAACAAGAUUGUUGAAAAGCCCUCUAAACCCCAACUGCUCAGCGCUGGAAUCUUCACCGAAGCGCAAUCCUGUCAGGAAAACUACAUGAGCUCGCUCAGCCGCGCUACUAGUAAUCCUCUCAUCUUCACAAUUGGCCACGGCACACGUUCACGCUCCGAACUUACCAGUCUUCUCCGAUCCGCCCAAGUCACAAAACUAGUCGACGUGCGCUCCAUUCCGCGCUCUCGCACAAAUCCUCAAUUCAAUCGCGACACCCUGACAACAUCAUCAGACCUACGCGCAGCGGGAAUCGAGUACAUAUGGGCCGGUGAGUCCCUGGGCGGCCGCCGCCCGAAGUCAGUCAGCCCAGAGAACGAACGCCACACGGCGAUUAGGGUUCAAGCAUUCAAGAACUACGCGGGCUACAUGAGUAGCGAGUCGUUCCGAGAAGGUCUGGAUGAGCUUAAGAAGCUAGCAGAGGGCAACACAGUAGCCUACAUGUGCAGUGAGACGCUUUGGUGGCGAUGCCACCGGCGGAUGAUCUCAGACAGAUUGGUUACUGAUGGAUGGGAAGUGCUACAUCUGGGCAUUCAAAAGAUUCCGAUUCAACAUCAGCUGUGGGAGAUUGCGCAUUCUGAUGGUCAGGAUCUGAUAUAUGAUGGUUGGUGA